AUGGACGUCAAAAAUGCUUUCUUGAAUGGUACUAUUGAUGAAACAGUGUACAUGCACCAACCUCCCGGGUUUAGGGACCCCAAUAAUCCCUCACAUGUAUGCCUUCUUGAUAAGGCUCUCUACGGUCUCAAGCAAGCACCACGGGCGUGGUAUCGUCGGUUUGCUAAUUUCGACGCCACCAUUGGAUUUAUUCAUAGCAAAUCCGAUCACUCACUAUUCAUCUAUUGUCAUGGCAAAGAGGUUGCCUACAUUCUUCUCUACGUCGACGAUAUCAUUCUCACGGCCUCCUCCAAAUCUCUUCGGUUAUCCAUCAUGGCCAAACUCAAGGCCGAAUUUGCAAUGAAGGAUCUUGGCUUACUCAACUCCUUUCUUGGCAUUUCGGUAACUCAUCACAGCAAUGGUCUUUUCCUCUCCCAAAAGUCAUAUGCUGAAGAAAUUAUUGCAAAAGCAAACAUGUCCUCAUGUAAUCCAUCUUCCACCCCAGUAGACUCCAAAGCUAAGCUAAGCGCCACAUCGGGCUCCCCCAUCGAAGACCCCACUCUAUACCGCAGCUUGGCAGGGGCGUUGCAGUACCUUACCUUCACCCGCCCCGACAUCUCGUACGCCGUCCAACAAGUCUGCCUUUUUAUGCAUGACCCGAGGCAGGAACACUUGCAAGCUCUACGCCGAAUUCUUCGAUACUUAAAAGGCACACUUAAACACGGGCUUCACUUGUAUCCUUCAUCCAUUUCAGCUCUAAUCUCAUACACCGACGCCGACUGGGGUGGCUGCCCAGACACACGGCGUUCCACCUCCGGCUACUGUGUCUUCCUCGGCGAUAACCUCAUCUCUUGGUCCGCGAAAUGCCAGCCAACUUUAUCUCGGUCCAGUGCCGAGGCCGAAUACCGCGGAGUUGCAAAUGUGGUGGCUGAAUCGUGCUGGCUUCGCAACCUCCUGCUCGAAUUAAGGUGCCCAAUUCGCAAGGCCACGGUGGUUUAUUGCGAUAAUGUAAGUGCCGUCUACCUCUCCGGCAACCCCGUUCAACACCAACGAACAAAGCACAUCGAAAUGGACAUACAUUUCGUCCGAGAAAAGGUUAGCCGAGGUCAAGUUAGAGUGCUUCAUGUUCCCUCCCGCUACCAAAUCGCUGACAUAUUCACAAAAGGACUGCCACAACUCCUUUUCGAAGACUUCCGAGACAGCCUUAGCGUUCGUUUACCUCCCGCUACGACUGCGGGGGUGUAUUAG